UCGAACAAGAUCGGAAUGCAUGGUAUGCGAUUUGCUCGUUGGACUUGUUCCACUCCGAGCUUAUCCGAUUUUGUUCGAUCAUUGCCGAGGACGUCCGAGUCGAGACGAUCGCAACCGAUUCGAACCGAUCUCUUUCCUUCGGCGAUUGUGACAAAAAUUCUUUCGCUUUGUUACUCACUCGACUCGAUUGCAACUUGUCGGACAUAUCGUGAUCUUGAUUUUACUCAAUUCUGGAGGGUCAUAAUGGCCACAGAACUGGCGAAUAAGAAGGCUGAGCGUGAAGCAUUGCGCGGCGUCAUUCAGCAAUGGAACGCUAAUAGAUUAGACUUAUUUGAGCUUUCAGAGCCAAAUGAAGAUCUGGAGUUUCAUGGAGUGAUGAGAUUUUAUUUUCAAGACAGUGGUCAGAAAGUUGCAACAAAAUGUAUUAGAGUGGCAUCCGAUGCGACAAGUCAAGCAGUCAUUGAAACCCUUAUUGAAAAAUUCCGUCCAGAUAUGCGAAUGCUUUCAGUUCCAGAGUAUGCUCUUUACGAAAUCCAUGAAAACGGUGAAGAGCGUAAACUUGGCCUCGAUGAAAAACCAUUGUUAGUGCAGCUCAAUUGGCAUAUCGAUGACCGUGAAGGGCGUUUUUUGUUAAGACGAAUCGAUGACAAGACUAACGCUCAAGGUGUCGGCUUUUCUUCCGAUGGAUCUAGUUUUCGUAGAAAGUUGAGUAAACGCGAGAAGAAACAAAUGAAAAAGCAGGAAAAAUUGAGUCGCUUAAAGAGUUUGGAACAGGACGAGAAUGCUGCACCCAUCGAUCAAAAUGGAGUAGCUGAAAAAUUGUAUACAGAGUUACCUGAAACGAGCUUUACCAGAAGUAUUUCAAAUCCGGAAGCUGUGAUGAGAAGGCGACGUCAACAAAAGUUAGAGAGAAAAUUACAACAAUUCCGGAGUAAAGACGGUGGUCCCGAUACUGGCGGAACGUUGAAGAUUUACGGCGAAGCACUCUGCAAGGAUGUCCCAUAUAAAACUUUACUCUUAAGUGUCCGAGAUUCAGCGGUUCAGGUCGUGCGGGAGAUGCUUUCCAAAUAUGGUCUAGAGAAGGUUGAUCCACAGCAGUACUGUCUUGUUCAGGUAAAUAGUGAAAAUAACGGAGGAACGCAACAAGAAUACAUAUUAGACGAUGACGAAUGUCCUCUGGCCAUUCUUAUGAAUCAUCCAUCGACACGUGGUUCCAUUAUGUUCCACGUGAGAAGAAGACCUGCUGAUUAUGUGCCUCGGAAACGGAAGAAAAAACCAAGCGGCAAGUGGAACGAAUUAGACCACAACAGGUAUGAAGACGAAAGACUGCCGUUCUUGCUGGAACUGAAUCCUGAUGGCAGCGAAAUUACAAAUGGAACGGCUGUACGACAUCGGUUGCAACCAAAUGUGACGGAGGUGGGUUCGGAAAGGCCGAUAGGUCCGCAAGCGGUUCAAGCUCAAACCCUCACUCUAACAGGACCGACUGUCAUGCCAAGACAUUGCGUUAUAGCUUUUACCGAAAAUAUCGUUACUCUCACGCCUUGCUCCAGAGACGCUCACACUUACGUAAACAACCAGAGGAUACAUCAGACAACAAUACUUCAGAAUGGGGCGAUCGUGAAAUUUGGCAGACUACAUACUUUUAAGUUCAUCGAUCCAGCACCCGAUGAACGUAUCAGGCAGCGACAUGAUUCUGCGAGACAGAUUGAAUAUGGUUACGAACGACGCUCACCAGACUUGGCCAGUCAAGAGACAAACGUGGAUAGAUACGGGUCGAUGUCCGGAACCCCAAAUAAUGGACAGAAUCAAGUUCAGGGUCAGAGCCAAUCGAGCCAGGAGCAUCAAUCCUCUCAAUCAUCUAGUCUAAGCAAGUCCAUACCUGGUGGUGCUGUUGGUCAUACUCGAAACUCGACACAAGUGCCGGAAUCCACACACAAUUACGAAACUACUUUCGAUCUUGAUGGGAAUGUUGAAACUGCCAGUCUCACCAGCAGCAGAGAUGGUAACAGAACAUUGCAGAAUGAUCGGCAACCACGAGGAACCGAUCCCAUCUUACCAGCAGUAUUGGAAUUUCUCGAGGAAACGGAGGAAACCUUUUUUCAUGCGGUCAUCACGGAUGUGGAACCAUCAGCACCACAAUUCAAGUUGGCUCCAACGUAUACACUAUACUUAGCUGCGAGAUAUCGUGCGAGCACGCAUUACAGACCAGAAUUGCAACCAACAGAAAGAGCUCACAGGCUGACUGUGAUGUUGGCGAACGUCGCUACCAUGAUACAACGAGUAAUACAGGAACGAUACAUGGACGCAUCCUCUUUGGCUCUUUGGCUUGCGAACGGCUCGGAAUUACUACAUAUGCUGAAAAACGAUCGUCACGUGGGGGCAUUUUCAACAAGGGCACAAGAUAUUUUGACAGACGCCGUUCACACGGCAUUUGCAUCGUUGGUUAGAUGCAUUUCCUUGGAAUUAGCACCAGCGAUGUCCCAGUUUAUGGCUGAUGCUGAUGAGCCUGCCAAAGAAGCUGGAGUUCUUCAGAUCUUUUCAAGUACAAUGACACUACUUAGACGAUGUAGAGUGAAUGCUGCCCUCACGAUACAACUCUUCAGCCAUCUGUUUCAUACGAUAAACGCAACCGCAUUUAAUGCGUUAGUUUCGAAUACAAACUUGUGCGUUAGAUGGUUUGGACGUCGAUUGAAAGCGAGACUAAAUGCUCUUGAAACUUGGGCGGAAAGACAAGGCUUGGAACUUGCAAGUCAGUGCCAUUUAGCGACAAUUAUGCAAGCGACGCACCUUCUUCAAGCACCAAAAUACAAUGCCGAAGAACUCGCUACAUUGAGUUCCACCUGUUUCAAGUUAAAUUCUCUGCAAGUGAGAGCGCUGUUGCAGAAGUAUCAACCGGCCGCAGAUGAACCCAGACUUCCAGCAGAAUUAAUUGAAAAUGUUGUAAGGGUAGCCGAAAGCGUGGCUGACACGCUUGCACGUGCCGAUGGCAGAGAGAUUCGACUUGAGGAAGAGCCUACACUUGCGUUAGCGCUUCUACUUCCCGAAGAUGGAUAUAGUUGCGAAGUGAUUCGCGGAGUUCCGCCAGGAUUAGCUGAAUUUUUAGCGCCAUUACAACGAGACGGUCUCUGUCGCAUGGCACCACAACCUACCAGUAGUGGAUAUUGGACUAUAUACAUGAUAGACCAUCAUAAUAAUCAGUUCCGUAGCCCAAGCGCGAUGAGUAACAGAUCUGGAGGCUACUCUUCUCAUACAGGAUCGAAUACGGCUCAACCCGAGAUACAAGUGAUAAAAUUGCACAAAUCGACUAAUGGGAUGGGUUUGAGUAUUGUUGCGGCAAAGGGAGCUGGUCAGGAUAGGCUUGGAAUAUAUAUAAAGAGCGUAGUUGCGGGUGGCGCUGCCGAUGCUGAUGGAAGAUUGACAGCCGGUGACCAGCUGCUGAAAGUGGAUGGACAAAGUUUGGUAGGAAUUACUCAAGAAAAGGCUGCUGAAUAUUUGGUACGCACCGGACCAAUAGUAACAUUGGAAGUUGCUAAACAAGGUGCCAUAUAUCAUGGUUUAGCUACUUUAUUGUCGCAACCAUCACCGGUAAUGACCAGAGCAGCGCACAAGAUUCGACCCAAGUCCGAGAACUUAGAAGCUUCAGCGGUGCAGGAAACGAACAAGCAGCCAUCUACGUCACACUCAAUGGGUAAUCUAUUGAACGUGCCAAAGCACGAGGCCGAUUCGAUCGAUCCAGUACCAGGUGCGAAUCUUCCUCCGAAGGACGCGAAAUAUCAUCGCGUUUUCGAUUCAGUCAAUUCAUCGUCUAAUUGCAUUCCGAAUCAAUUCUACGAGCAGCAUGUUCCACAAACUUCGUCGUUGUGGUCGUUAACAACUACUUCUUUAAUUCACGAGAAUGUAAACAAUGAAGACGUAAAAUAUUCUUUACAAAAGGAACGUAACGAGUCCGUAGGUGGCAAUGCUAAUUUUGGUGAUGGUGGUGGUGAUUGUGAUGGUAGUGAUAGCAAUAGCGAUGGUGGUCAUAAUAGUACACAUUUUCGUAAUUUUAACAUGUCGACGGAUACGUUGCACACCUCUACCCACUGUACGUUAUCUACUACGGAAAUUAGUCAACCUGAACCUUCUCUUGAAUCACCGAGUCAAUCAAUUUUAGACUCGAACUCAGAAUCGCUGAAAUAUGGUAAUUUAUGUCUUGAUUCAAUACCGUAUAUCGAUCAAACGGAUGAACCAGUGACGUUUUUCAAGUCGGACGAGUAUAACGGGCAUCAAUCGGAAAGUGAUCAUAUUCUAGAUAAUUAUAGUGUUGACGUCGUAACAAAUUUUCCGCGUAAUUAUGAUCAUAAAACAUCGAAUAUAGAACAAUAUAUAGAAGAGAAUAAACAACAAAUUAUACUUGAAAAGGUCCAUGACAAAAAACGCAACGAGGAAAAGAUGCAGAUAUCAUCAUCGAGCAAUGAAUCGAAGAAGGAAAUUGAUAAGUCCGAAAUAAAUACGAUAAGUUGGAAAACGAAAAACGCUGCCAUAGUAACCAUGCCAGAAUUAAGUCUUGAAUUGUCUGGCCUAGAUAGCGAUACAUCAAGCGAUUUGUCUAGCCUGAACAAGUGUUGGAAAUCACCAGAAGAAGUACGUCUCGGAUGCGGUCGAGUAGCAGCUUUGGCUAAACACUUUUCGAAAUUGGCUGAUGUCGAAUCGAUCGACCAACGGUUAAGCUCUAUCAGAUUAUUAGAAAGUUCGAUGAAAUUUGUUUCAGAACCUAAUUUCUCUUCGGCCACGACGCACAACCGUGAAAGUAACCGGUUUACUGGAAUUGAAAAGAAGGAGUAUCGAUCUGAGUUAGACUUGAGAAAUAAUAAAAUGGAACGACAGAAUGUUUUACGAAGCAGAAUAAACUCUAUCGAAAACGAUACAAACGAUCUGUUACAAACAAAUAACGCUUAUGAGUCGUUCAAUACAUCAGGUGAUAUGCAAAAAAGAUCGGUUAGCGGUAAACAAAAAUUAUCAUUGUUGGAGCAACAACACGUGAUAGAACAAUUAAAAGAAAUGUCUAAUCUUGACAAUGUGACUUCCCCGCAUUCUUUUCAGUCCUUUCCUUCUUCAUCAUCGUCUCCGUCUCUGUCUUCAUCUCCGUCCUAUGUAUUAUUAAACAAAAGUAUUGGAUCUCCUUGUGAAGUACAUCACAUGAUAGCGCAACCGACUAUACGGAAGUUCCUAUCUUCAUGGAAUGUACAGGCCGAAGGGAAUCAAGUUCGAAGAAAGAGCGCAAGAGAACAACUGUUUCUCAAUAAUAAUCCAGUCAAGCAAUUAUCCAGUUCCUAUCCAAACUUCAAAGGAGUACGAGAUUUAUCGCGUAGCGAAACCAAGUUAAGAUUAACAGGCAGAAAAUAUUCCUGGCCACAUAACAACGAACUCUGUGUUCGAUCUAGGAGUGAAAAUCCUAUACAGAAUAAUAAGAAAGCCAAAAAUAUCGUCCACAUAAUUAAUAACGAGUCUGGCGCAAAUAGGGAAAGAUCACUAGAUGGAGAGAUGUACACAAGAUUAAAUCAAACUCGUCCAAAUCUCGAUUCUUUCUUACGACCUCGUCGCAUGAGUGAACGAGACUUGCCAUCGCGGCUUGGACGCGACGCAAUUGCACCGCAACAGCAAAUGCAUACCAGCAAGUCUGUUCCAGCAUUGCACAAUGUAGGAACCGAUGGCAAACAGCAACACGAGGUAUUCAACCCUGGUUACAGCAGGGCAUCGUCGAGUAACAGUGUUACACCUCCUGUUACACAACCACCUCCACCGAUGACUGCGAUCAGCAGUGCGACAUCGUUGCGUUCCCGUUCGAGUCAUAAUUUACAUGACCAAACCAGAAUCGGAACAUUACCACCGAGUGGUCUCGUGAGUAGGCAACAAUCGUCGCCGAAUUUGAAUCCUGGUCAGGCGGCAACUAGUAACAAUGGUCCAAAUGUUAAUGCUGGAACAGGUUCGAAUAUCCCUCAGGGUAACGAGGCCGAAAGAUUUUAUCAGAAUUUGAGUAUCUACAGAAACCAAGACACAAAGCAAGGACAGAGUCCAUCUCAACAUUCGGACGAUAGAAAUCCUCCGCAGUUGCAGAAAAAUUCGAGAGGUUCGCAAAAUUCUUUAAACCGUCCAGGAACAUACGAAACGAACCAAUCCACCAGGGACCGUCCUAUGUCUGCGUAUGUGCCUCAGCCUCAACAACAAUCGUACUUCAGCCCUGGCCAAACACAACAACAAGGCUCUGUAGCGCCUCUUAGGUCACAGUCCUCACGGGAUAUAAUACGACAGGAAGCUAAGCUUCAGGAAAUGCAAGAGGAAGUUAGAAGACGCGAGCUACGAGGCGGUAUUCCAGUUCCGUCGAAUCAGUACCGACCAGCCGCGUAUAAUCUAAAACCAAAUACGCCUAUCCAAUCAAUGAUGAGUUCUGCCAUCCGGCCGACGAAGUCUGUCGUACUUCAACCGAAUAUGGGAUCAAGUCCACCAGUAACUGUGUCCUCGCCGUCUGCUCAUGCUGCAUCCAGACAAACGACUGCUUCUAGUUACGGUUAUUUGGAUACGCAAUAUGCUCCAUACAUGGUCCAAUAUGGAAAAUCUCAUCACGUGCAUCAACACCAACACCCGCAUCAACAUCCGCAUCAAUUUCAACUUCAGCAUCAACAUCAGCACCAGCACCAACAUCAACAUCAGCAUCAGAACAUGCAACAACAAAAUCUGGGGCACGUCCAAUACGGACACAGCGGUACUGCAUCAUCGAGGGGAAAACCCGACUCGUCUCGUCUGCAGCCGAAUGGGAUGCUACUCGACUACGGAAGAGAUCAAAGUACUCAAGAUGUUGGGAAAUCUUAUAUGGAUCAGAACCAGCAUAUUGCUGUUAACUCUCAAUAUUAUUCGGAUAUGCGGAACGAUCAUUACACUGGUGAUAGUGGAAUGAAUAGAGCACAAACUGCGCAGGACUCGAGCUGUUCGAUUCCGAAUGAAAUCUCUAUACGACCCAUUCCAUCAGAGGAAGGAUAUACAGAAAGUCCACCACCGCCACCACCAAGCACUGCGACACAUCCUCUUUAUAGUAAACAAUCCGACUCAAGGUACACAGCUAGUAUGCAGGAUCCUCCCCGUGGAGGAUACUAUCCAACAAAUGUAACCGGAGCUACAUUACAACCACGUCAGUAUCAAUAUAGUGCUACGAAUCCAUGGCAGCGAGAAGAAAAAGAAAGGGAACAGGCGCGUAGAAGAGAAGCUGCAAGACAGUGGAGAGAUCAGCAAAUAGCAGAAUUGAGUGCAUUACCUCAUAGAACGUCACAACAGGAAGAGCAGCUGCGAGCACUCCAGUUAGAAAGGGACUUUCAGAAAAGAGCCGAAGAAGUUGCCAACCAACAAGACGAUGACGAGGAAAGUAAUGAUUUAGACACUGAAAAUAUUCGAGUUCAGCAAGACUUACUUCGUGGAACAGUGACUCAAGAUCGAAACAAUUCAUCGGAACAACAUCUCAAUCUGUCUAGAACAAAUGUAAUGAAUCAAUCUGUCAGAGGCAAUCAUGUUACUCAAUCGCUUGGUGCACCUUCGAUGCAUUCUACUACACAAGGGAAUGGAACUCCUCAGCAAUGCUUGCAGAAUGCGCCAACGUCUUGCUUACAGCAGCAACAACAACAAGAUAAUUCUGGAAUGCAUUUAUCAGCGGAUUAUCAAUAUGAACAAACUAAUCAAGUACAAAAUAAUGCAGGUCAAAUGUCGAUGUCAUCCUUAAUUCAUUCUCAAAAACCUCUUAGCUUAUCUCAAUCCAUCGAAGAUAGAGAGAUGUAUCGUAGACCUGAAGAAAUUAAGCGAAAGCAAGUCGAAUUCGACGAUAUACAAUCCAAAAAGAAAGACGAGGAAGCUAAUAAGCAGCAACAAAUCCAGCAACAAAUAUAUCAGCAACAACAUAGUUUGCAACAAUCGCAGUCCCACCUUAAAACUCAACAAAUGUUACAUCCUAGCAUGUUGCGAUUGGAUAGCCUUGCCAUUAAUGGAUCAAACAUCUCUUCUACGCAGAAUGGUAACAACGAGGCGCCUUUGCCUCCCGAACGGGGAUCCAGUUAUGCAAUUAUGUCGCAGCAGAGUGCACUGAGAUCAAACAAUACGAACGUAUCUAGUGUAAUGACAUUGACAUCUCAACCGCAGUCAACAUCCGUGAAAAGAGUCUCCUUUCAUGAUUCAAAUGCGAAUGUAGAAAUGCAACGAAACAUGUCGUCCGGAAAUUUAACUACAGCUAUGGAUGUUAUUACAGAAGAUCCAAAUAAUUUCAUAAAUGAUGCAGAAAUUUUGUUGGCAUCUCCAAAAACACCCGACGGAUCCGGCGCGGUUUCGAUUACCUCUAGUACACCCGGCGUAAUAGGCGCCCAGGAAGUGUACAAGGAUCCAAGACAAAGACGGCUCGCAGAGAAGCAAAAGCAGCAACAAAAUUCUCAAGUUGGACAAGUACCUGAGAAACUCAGUUUCAAAGAAAAGAUGAAGAUGUUCGCGAUGGAAACCGGCGAGGAUGGAACACCGAGGGACAAAGUAAAAAUUUCACGCGCACAGCGAGAGAUAGACAACAUUGGUAGUCCCACUACCGCAACGCUAAAUAGCAAUAACCAUCACCAUCAACAUCAUCACCACAACAGCGUCAAUAACAGCAGCGGCAGCAAUCCGAUUAACAAUAAUAACAACGGCAGUAAUAUCAGCAGCAGUAACAGUACUAACCGGCAACAAUAGAAAUCAAGACUGAAAAAUGAAAUUUAUUUUGUUUAGAAUCAUGUUGAAUUAUUGUUAUCGAUACGAGUGGGUCAGAUAUAGUAACGACUUUGAUUAAGAACAACAAUUGUAUACAUUAUUUUGAAUGCCACCAACUAUUCGGUAUAAGCAUACGCAAAUCAUUCCAGCAACUAUUCACAUUUCAAUCAAAAAUAUUUGCCUAGAGAAUAGAUACGGGCACGCAGAACAAUUAUCAUUGGACUAGAAUUAUUAGAGUAUAAAAAGUACAAUGAAACAAACGUCCCUUAGCUUUCGCAGUUUUAGCAUUUGUCGAUACAUAAGUAUAGCUCAUGUUAGAAGCAUUUGAUCCUACUCGUUUCAUUGGACCAAGUAAGUAUUUUUCGAUAGUUUAUAAAUUUGAUAGUAAUGCGCAACGAAAAAUAUUAACGUGGAUUUUAGAGUUAUUAUAUGAACUUUACCAACGUAAGAUAUCGUACCAUAAAGAUUAUAUGUAUACAUAUAUAUGUAUAAUGAUUUUAUGUACAUAGAAUUUAGUUGAAUUUAUAGAACUACAUACUUGUUAUUUACAAUAUUGUUUCAUAUUUAUAUUUAAUGUUACGCGUAUUGAGUACAGAGUACUGGGGUCCACGCGUACGCGUAUGCACGUUUUUAUUACUCAGUUAGGAGGCGCGAAGGCUUUAACGCAAUCGUUAGAAAAACGUGCACGAAUUUAAUCAAACUUGGCAGCUUUAAAAUGAAAGAAAUGAUGACGCGAGAGAGAGAAUAGAUACAGUCUACUGAAAGAAACUUGAACCGAAAAAGAAAAACAUAGUUAUUUACUGUUGAUCGUUAUAUUACGAACCUUAAUCUGUUAGCCUUAACAGACGUGCAAUUUUUUGGUGCAUAGUCGUACGUCUUUACUUGCUUUUGCAAUUUAAAACAAAAGAGAUAUACAUAAAAUUAUGCAGCAAAAAGUUGUUCGUGUAUGUACAUCGGAUCUUACGAUGAUCAUUACUUUUCCGUCUUUGAUUUAUCAUGCUUAGACGUAUAAUAGUCGAUAUCGUAAAAUUUCAUUCCACGUGUGCUUGUAGUGUAGAGUGUAGAUUAUACACACACACCCACACACACGUACACAUAUACAAGAUUCCUACAAAGCAAUAUUUUAAAGAAAGUAACAUAUAGCUCUUAUGUUUCUUUGUGUUAAUGUUUUCGAUUAUAUUUUUAUUUUAGCAAAGCACGCUCUUGUAAAAACAUUAAAACUAAAUCGAUGCUUAGACGAAGAGAAAGAUUAUGAAAAAUGUGCAGUAAAUUCUCCGUUGUGUAUAGCAAAUAUGAAUAUGUGCCUGUGCACUAUAUUUUUUCUAACAUGCUUUCAUGUUUUGUCAAUAUAGGAAAUUCGUUAAUUAUGUAAAACAAAUAACUUGCGACUGUAUACCUUAUUACAAAGUAUUGUUACAGUACAUUAUUGCAUAUAUUAACGAUUCUACUUUUAUGAAUCACUUAUUUUUUAAUUCUUGUAAAACACGAUGUGAUUGAGAAAUAAAAAGGAAAAAAAAGGUAUUGUCUGAAAAAAUUAUU